AUGUCUUUUGAUAUGAAUUACACAAUCAAGCCCCCUCCGCUGCCAAUCCGUAGGUAUGUUCCACAUAAUUUGCCCGCAGAGUUUCAAUCUGCACUUGAAGAAGGCCGAGAAGAUGUUGUCCAGGAAUAUCUUGAUGAAGUUGAUCAUAGCUCUAUUAAUGAAUUAUGGGAUUGGAAGUAUAGCAGAGAACUAUUAUUAUCAAUUGCUGCUAUACACGGCCAUACAAAGAUAAUGGAGAUUCUGCUGGAAUGUGGCGCAAAAGUCGAUGCGGUGGAUGGCAAGUUCCAGACAGCAUUAUUUUUGGCAGUGCAACAUUGUCAACUUGAUGCUGUGAAAUUACUUCUUGACCACGGUGCAUAUAUCAAUACAGGUUCUUGUGAAGGUAGAAAUACGCCGCUUGAUUGGUUAGUCGAAGAUGAAAAGAUCCGCAGGGAAAAUCGCUUUGAGUGGUUUCUCGAAAACGACCCUGGAAAAGACCAGAUAAAGGAAAUGUAUGACUAUCUGGUCUCUAAAGGUGCAAAGCGACAGAUUGAUUUCGAUUUAGGGGAGUGUUUUGUUCAUACGUACACUACACUGACCAUUUGGCAUGCGAAUACCGAGACAUAA